CAAUGCACGUAAUCUCUCCCUCCCUCCCUCUCUCUCUCUCUCUCUCUCUCUCUCUCUCUCUCUCUCUCUCUCUCUCUCUCUCAGAGUUCAGCUAUGGUGGAGUUGUGUUGUGUUAAGGAGAUCAAAGACGAAGUGGAGAUCCGAUUGACGAUCCGACCCGAAUUGGACUUAGCAGCGGGGCAAGAAUGUCCGGCGAUCCAGAACGGCGGAGACGAUGACGGAUGCAUGACUCCGACAUCGUCUGCCCACAAGAUUCCGGCGGUGAAGCGGUGUCCUCCGCCCCCGAGAAAACCGAGACGUAACCGGUCGGUUAAGAGGGAAUUCACGUCGUCGGAGAAAUUAAACCGGAUUCCGGUCACUCUCAGCCGUGAGAUCGAGUUGUUCUUGGAGAAUCUGGACCGUAGGAUCAAGAAAUCUCGGAGAGAAGAAGAAGCCGGAGGGUAUUGGUGAUGAAAAUUUUCUUUUUAAUUUUCUUGUCUACAAUUAAUUAGUUGAAAUAUUCAAUACCUA